UCCUGGAACUGUCACAUGGGGAAGCACAACAUUUCUAAUCGGUAAACAUGAUCCACAACUUUCUUUUGUGCCUUUUUACAGUCGCCAAUGCCGUUUCCAAUUACCAUUUCGGAACUUCAGUAAAAACUAAUGAAAGACCAAUAAUCGGUGUGCUUGCCCAGGAUGUGUUUGAUCCGAAACCUCAAAGAAACUCAUAUAUCGCGGCGUCUUACAUCAAGUUUCUGGAAUCUGCCGGUGCUCGCGUGGUGCCAGUGAUGAUCAAUAAGUCUGAGGAUGAUUACACAAGGCUCUUUAAAUCCAUCAAUGGAGUGCUUUUUCCUGGCGGUGGAGUCAGUUUAGAAUCCUCUGGCUAUUCCAAAGCAGCUGGCAUUUUCUACAGACUUGCUCUUGAGGCCAGUUUGAAUGGUGAUUAUUUCCCUGUUUGGGGAACCUGUUUGGGAUUUGAACUGCUGACACUGCUUACAAGUGGAGAGUUGUUGUUGUCUCACACUAACACUAGUGGUAUAGCUCUGCCGCUGGACUUCACAGAAGAUGUCAAAGGCAGCAGACUGUUCAAAGAGUUUCCAGAAGAGCUCAUGAAAUCACUUGCAACAGAACCACUCACAGAGAACUCGCAUCAGUGGAGCAUCACUACAGAGAACUUUACCGCAAAUGAGAAGCUGAAAAAGUUCUACAGAGUUUUGAGUACCAACACAGAUGGACAGAAUAAGUUUGUGUCCACAAUGGAAGCAUAUAAUUUUCCUAUCUACGCUACUCAGUGGCACCCAGAAAAAAAUGCUUUUGAGUGGACCAGGCCCUAUAUUCCACACACACCAUCAGCCAUUAAGACCACCUUCUACAUGGCCAACUUUUUUGUGAAUGAAGCAAGGAAAAAUUUCCAUAGCUUUGCCAGCACUGAGGAAGAGGAAAAAGCCUUGAUCUAUAACUACAAGCCUGAAUACACUGGUAUCCAAAGUGCAUUUGAACAGACAUAUUUUUUUAAUUAGAUAAAUUAUUUUUUUUUAAAGUUUAUAGAUUUUUUUUUACAAUUGAUAUUUAAUGUAUUUUAAUUUUCAAACUGGAACUGAAUAUGCUCUACUUAAAUCAGACAAUCAUAAAGACAUAUAAUUAUUGAACAUUUCAUAUUUAAUGAUUCUCAAACAAUACAAACAGCAAAUAUUUUGGCAUGAUGAAAUUAUACAAACAAACACGAACAUAUACAAAAAUCAAAUAAU